AAGGACUUCUCCGCGGACCGUCGAGCAAGACACACACAUAUUUUGUAACCAUAUCAUUACAAUGUAGAUAGAGUCCACUUACGAAAAAAUAAACGGUACCAUACAAAAGUAGGGUCUUCUUAGAAGACUAGUUGGAAAAUACCCCAACAUCGUCUGGUCCAUCGAGCCACAUUGCCAAAGUAAAGUGAAGAAAUUAGUGCAGCAGCCAUAUUCCCAGUAACAGACGGGCGGCAGACGACACACAGGACACAGGCCAGACAAGGACGGAGCGAGAAGUGCAGAGGAAACAAUACCACAAUAUUCCGACGUAGUAUUUAUGGAACACUUCAGGCUUUCAAGAGCAACAGUCAAUAGCAUCAGUUAGAAGUUUGAAGGAAUCUCUAACUGUCAUGAUCAGGCUGGACAAUAUGGAAAUAUCAGUGCCAAUCAUCAAGUUUUAAUUUAUUUGUGAUACAUUGGACACCAAACUUCGAGUUUUAGAGAUGUUGCUGACUGGUUUAAUAUCAGUCUCAGUUCUCUCGGUAGAAUUAUAAUGAGAUUGACAUCCUUUCUCAGCGACCUAUCCCCACACACCAUAAAGUGGCCAACAGAAGAUGAGAAAGGGAUUAUCGAAAACCAUUUCAACAUGAAUGGGUUUCCAAAUGUCAUCCGUGCCAUUGAUGGUACUCACAUUAAAAUUGAUAAGCCCCAGAAUGACCCUGAUUCCUACAUCAAUCGCAAAGGUUAUUAUUCAGUGCAGAUGCAAGCAGUUUGUGACCAUACAUAUAAAAUAUUGGAUGUGUUCAUUGGAUACCCAGGCUCGGUGCAUGACAGUAGAGUGUAUCGGAAUUCCCCUCUAAAGAACACUUUACAAGCAGAAUGUGGAGGAUACUUUAUAUUAGGGGAUAGUGGCUAUCCCUUAGAAACCAAUUUAUUUACACCCUAUAGAGAUAGAGGAAAUUUAACUACCAGACAAAUAAAUUACAAUGUCAAAGUUUCAAAAAACCAACAUGUGAUUGAGCACUGUUUUGGGAUGCUUAAACAGAAAUUUAGGCAGCUGUAUCAUCUAAAAAUCAGAACUAUUGUGCCUAUGAUUCGAGCUGCGUGUGUUCUCCAUAACAUAGCCCUAGAAGACAACUUUGUUUUCAGUGAUAACUUGGACACCAAUGAAGGACAGCAUUUUCAAGCUUAUGGUUAACAUGAGGAUUUUGCCAAUGAGCCUGAAGAUGGCACUUGUUCAAAUUGAUGACAUGUGUAUUAUUUAAACAAGAACAUCAUCCUUUAAUUGAAGAAUGAACUGUAUAACGAACCUUUUAUUUUACUAAACAACACAUACAUUAUUUAAACAAAUUAAUAAACGAAAUAAAAUCAUAGUUUAGUGUGCAAAAUAAUACAUUGUGUUAUCACUAAUAGGUAGUAUUUACAAGCUUUAUGAGAUAUAUUGUAAUACUUUGGAAAGAUAAAUAAAAUAAUAGGAAUCAAUAACAAACAUAUGAAAUAAUGAAUCUAUGUAUAAUUUUUUGGACACUACACUUAAGUAUUAUGAUGGCAUUGUUUUUCUUUUAGAAUACAAUUUUGUUCAU